GGUGGAGUGGAGAAGGAGAAAGCGAAGAAGCAAAGAUGAAUUAUUGAUGGGAGGCGUGGACCCCUUUGAAGUUGUAGUUGCAGUUCCAUUCCAAAUUCCAAUGUUAAUGGAUGAAUGAAUUGAAUUAACCGAAUCCGAAUGUGAUCCCUCCUAUUGAUGAUCCUCCUGACAUAACGAACCAACUAACUGAAAAUAAAAAUGGUGUCGACUUUGGAAAAGAAGAAGAACCUAAGCAACCUCAUCAUCCCCGCUUCCUCUUCAUCCCCCAACCCAUCCCCAUCCCCAUCCCCAUCGCAAUCCAUCACAAGCCCACACGUCAUCCACAGUAGGACCCACUCCUUCGUGGGCCCAUCCCCUCGCUACAACCCAUCAUCCACCACCCCUCUCUUCUUCCUCCACGAGGCCGACGACGACGACGAAGAACAAGAACAACCACCACUGGGCCCGGGCCCUAAGAUUGGGCCUUCCGAUUUCCAUAUUCUCCGCGUGGUGGGCCAGGGCUCCUUCGGCAAGGUCUUUCUCGUCACAAAAAAAGGCGAUGGAGUCUUCGCCAUGAAGGUCAUGAGGAAGGACACCAUCAUCAAGAAAAACCACGUCGAUUACAUGCGAGCCGAGAGGGAUAUUCUCACCAAAGUCCUUCACCCUUUCAUCGUUCAGCUCCGUUACUCUUUCCAGACCAAAUCUAAAUUGUAUUUGGUCUUGGACUUCAUCAACGGAGGCCAUCUCUUCUUUCACUUGUAUCGCCAUGGUAUCUUCCGUGAGGAUCAGGCAAGGCUUUACACUGCUGAGAUAGUGUCUGCUGUUUCGCAUCUUCACAGCAACGGCAUCGUGCAUCGCGAUCUUAAGCCUGAAAACAUUCUUAUGGAUGCGGAUGGCCAUGUCAUGCUAACUGAUUUUGGAAUGUCAAAAGAGAUUGAUGAAUUGGGAAGAUCCAACUCUCUGUGUGGGACUGUGGAAUACAUGGCUCCUGAAAUCCUUCUGGGUAAAGGCCAUAACAAGGAUGCUGAUUGGUGGAGUGUUGGUAUUCUGUUGUAUGAAAUGCUAACAGGGAAGGCACCAUUUACACACACUAACAGAAAGAAACUUCAGGAGAAAAUUAUUAAAGAGAAAGUUAAACUUCCACCAUUCCUUACCAGUGAAGCUCACUCUUUGCUCAAAGGAUUGCUGCAAAAGGAUCCAUCCGCAAGGUUAGGAAGUGGGCCAAAUGGAGAUAACCAGAUCAAAAGUCAUAAAUGGUUUAGGUCAAUCAAUUGGAAAAAAUUGGAGGCAAGAGAACUGGAACCAAAGUUCAAACCAGAUGUAUCUGGGAAAGACUGUACAGCUAAUUUUGACCAAUGUUGGACAGCAAUGCCUGCUGAUGACUCACCAGCACCCACACCUACAGCAGGUGACCAUUUCCAGGGCUAUACUUACGUGGCACCCAACCCUUGGCUUUCAUCUGGCACACUAGACUGAAAGAGAAAGUCUGUACAUGGAUGAAAGAAUCAAAGUAUGACCUGAAUAAGAUAACUAACCCAAACCUUCUGAUUGUAAGCUUUCUUAGCUUGCAAGUAAUCCAAAUCUUCUCUCACAAAGAUGCCACCCUUUAUGUUUUUCAAAGUUAACUCUUAAAUGUAAAUUGUAAUUGCUCAUUGCACAAAAUAGAGAAUGUUGAGUGGCUCUGAUAUGACCUUUCAUGUUUGUGCAGCUUGGUUUAGUUCUUAUUUUAAACCAAGGUAAAAGGUUUGAACUGCUUUGUCUUCCAAUUCCAUCCAUGUCAAUAUUAACAUAUUUGACUACGCUAGUGCCUGAAAGAGGGGCAAAGAGUUAGCAUA